CCGGCGCUGCAGAGAGGCAGGCGGGUGGCGAGCCAGCGGAGGACAAAGGGAGGGCGGCGGGCCCCCCCGGGUGACUUGCAUGGCUCUCUGAUCGUCCUGCAAGAGCGAGCCGGGACGUCCCCCCGCGGCCCUGAAAUUGCACUUUAUCUCAUUUUUGCACACACGCUCCGCCUCCGCUAUGGUCAGGCCAGGAGCGACGGGACUUGGUGGGUCUGAUUCUAUUGCUCCCUUCCCCGCUCUGGAGUUGGGGCUCAGCGUCCUAUACACGCUCCUCUACGCUGGCCUCUUCCUCUUCACUUACCUGCAGCUCUGGCUGCUGUUCUACUACCGAGAGAAGAGGCUCAGCUACCGCACCGUGUGCCUCUUCCUCUGCCUGCUCUGGGCAGCGCUGCGCACCGUCCUCUUCUCCUUCUACCUGCAGACCUCCAUCCGAGCCGUAGAGCUCCGGCUCCAGCCGUUCCCACACUGGUUGCUCUUCUGCUUCCCGGUCUGCCUGCUCUUCGCCACCAACUGCCUCCUCAACCUCUACUUCGCCGAGGUUAUCUUCAAAGUCAAGUGUGCAGCUGAGUUCAACAAAUACAAGACUUUCUUGUACAUGGGGUCUGUAUUCAUCAGCCUUCUCUUCAUCUUUGCGAACUUGACGUGCGCGUUAUUGGUACAGGAUAAUGUUCCAGAUGAUCAACUAAGGUGGACAGUUUUUGCCCAGGCCCUGAUCAAUGAUAGUCUUUUCAUUCUUUCCGCCAUCUUGUUAGCUUGCUGCAUGUGCAAACUGUCCAAAGUGUCUUCAGCCAACGUUUACCUCGAGUCCAAGGGCACAUCUCUCUGCCAAGCUCUCCUUGUGGGUUCUGUUGUCAUCCUCUUACACUCAUCAAGAGCUUUCUAUAAUUUGGUGGCAGUGGUGAUCACUCCAGACCAUGCACCCAGUCCUUUCAACUAUGGUUGGGAUAACCUUUCAGAUAAGCUUCAAGGGAAAGAAGUUAACGGUGAGGAGUAUGUGGUCUUUGGUGUGGUGCUUUUUCUCUGGGAGUUCGUCCCAACCGUAUUUGUGGUACUCUUCUUCCGAGCACAGAGGUUGGCCCAGAAUUUGGCACCUGCUGGAAUGAUCAACAGCCACAGUUACAGUUCACGGGCCUACUUCUUUGACAAUCCAAGACGAUAUGACAGUGAUGAUGAUCUCCCAAGGCUUGGUGGAGGAAGCUUGGCUACUCCUCAAAAUUCUGGGUGGUAUGGCUCUUUGACAGGGAGUGACAGCUGCAUCAUGAUUCCUCCUUUGGUUGCACCUCCAAUGGAUGUUGCUCCGCUGCUGUUCAGCCAGGAAAGCUUGGAAUCAAGAAGUCAUCACAACUCACAUCCAAGGCCCCCAAACUAAUAAUAGAGUAGCUUUGGGGGAAGGGUUCCAUUAAGGUGUGAACAACAUGACUCCCUGUUGAGUUCCCCCUAAUGCAUAUAGUAUUUUCCAUUGAUCUUCUAAUAUGGGAAUAGAACAAUAUUGGCUCAUGGCUCUGCACUUUGGACUGGAGAGACCAACUGUUGCUAUGUGGUACUGGAAAUAACAGAAGCCAAAGGAGAGCAUAUUCUGAAAGCAUUCUAUUUUACUGGUCAUGCCUUCUGGACGAUGUUCAUUUGGCAACUAUAAGCAACAGACCGUGACUGUUGUCCAGAUGGAUAUUUGCACUUUUAAUCGACAAUUUCCAAGGAAUAAUUAUCUUCCCUCCAAACCUAUCUUCUCCAGCGGCAUGAGAUGUCUGUUCCAGACAACACUUUUAAAUUGCACAUCUCUGGUUGGGAAACUUGUUCUGUCUUCCUAUGACGACAAACAUCUCACAGUGGAAAACUUUUGAAAGUGGGGUGGGAUGAGGAAUCUCUUUUGCUUUUUAAUUCUUGGAGAGUAUUUUACAAGUAUGGCACAAGUGUUAGUCUCACGAGGGUAACUUAAAUUGUGGUUAUGUUUUGCCAUCAAUCAUUACUGGGAUUGCUAGAGCAAGUCCCACUGUUGCAUGUGGUGUUAUAUUCCCUGCAAUGUCCUUGUGUUCUUUUGGCCUAUUUCAAGCAUUAAUACUUCAUUUUAAAGAACAGUAACUUGCUUUAUAUUGGAAAAGCAGAUUGGCAAUUCAGAGUGGGUUACAGACAGGGUGGAUCUAUGAGAGGUGGUUGCAGGUUGUGUGGGGUGAUGCACAGCCAACUGGCACACAUGCCCUUCACUGCUUUCUCUGGCAACUGUGUUUAUGUUCCAUGACGGGAUGUAAGCAGGACUGAUUUCUUUGCAACCACAGAGAAGUAUCUUGCUCCUGGAUUGCUUAACCACCACCAAAGAGCAUCAUUCUCUGGGACUGAGAAAACUGUUUGGAAUGUAAAGCAGAGUUAAGUCAACUUUUUUCUUCCGCCUACCAAGGAAACAGCACUAGGCAGUGAGAUCACUAAGAGAUGAGGCAGGCAGGGAGGAUAAGGGCAACUGUAGCCAUGGAUGCAUCUCCUGAAAGAUUUGCAGUUAGAUCCAGUCUAGUAGAAAGUGUUAAUUAUAUCUGCCCCCACUCAGAAGUGUGUGAUUCCUAUUUAUACUCCAUGCAGCAGAGGCUUCUGGAAGUAUUUUUUAGAUUUGCUAUUCUCAACCCGAUGACCUUUAGAUGUGUGGCAUCAACUUGCAGUAUCUUCAGCCAGCACACUUGCCAUGCUGCUUGGGAAUUUUAGGAGUUGUAGUCCCAAUGCAUCUGGAAGAUUCAAGGCUGAGGAAGGCUGGUAUAAGAGAAUGUGGAAAAUUGAAGUACAUCCAUUUUUAAUUUGAAUUAGAACUACACCUUCUACUAGUGUUAACAGCCAUAAUUUCACAAAUGGCUUCUGACAACAGCUGUAUUGUCUUGAAGCUUUAGCAUCAGUCUUUUCCUUACAACUGAUAAC